AUGUUCCAUACACCUGGGGUGAGAGAAGCAUGGGCUUCAGAAACGGCUGUCGAGAACUCAUACAAUUACCAGGAAGAGGAACAUACUAAUGAGAAUAACCAAACAAAACCUGAUAAGACAACAAAACCAAUACUGGCAGAUCCAAGCGAUAAAUCAGAAACCGUGGCAGGGAAUGUGAAUAUAAGGGAGAGACAAUCUGAAGAAAGUAUAAAAGAUGCCGAUAAGAUAGGAAAGUACCAAAACGUUGAUAGCACGGAUCAUUAUAAUCCAGAAACAGAUAAUGCAGCAUCCAAAUCUAUUGAAUCGGGAAAAAUUGAACACGAGAGCAUAUCUGGAUCAUCUUUGGACCCUUCAAUUCCUGCUUCAACACAUAUAACAAUAUUAGAUGGAGACUUCGAAUUUCCAACCGAACUGGAACUACCUACCGAACUUUUGAAAGAAUACGAAAGCUUUAUGAAAUAUUUGAAGGAGCCACAGUUCUCAAGGCCAUUGGCGACUUGCGAAAUUUCCGACCUCUUUCAUCAGUUCUAUAAGAAAUUUAAUAAUAGAGCCAAUGAAAUAGUAUAUGGUAGUACUAGGUCAAGCAAGCCUGUGGAAAUGUCUGAUUAUGACAAGCCGCGCGAUUACCUUCUUUACAAAUACAAUCUUCUUUCAGAAAAACUAGUCUGCGACAAAUUUUAUGACUCUAUAAUGGCCCCUUCAAAAAACAUAUCGAUAGAUAACUACCUCCUAGAUCUAGACAAAAGAUUCAGUGACAAACUCAUUGCAUUGAGAAGCUUGAAAAUUGGGUUUAAAAAUUUGGACAUAGAGCUACCUGAAGGGGAAGAAGAAACAUUCGAUAAAAUCCUACAUGAAGACGUUUUACCUACAUUAAAGAAGUUUUCGCUUGAUCACUCACCAACCUAUAAGCUCAAGCAUUUAUAUGACAUACAUAUGAUUUUGGCGGAGUGUAUUCAACGGUUGAUAUCUUUGUGUACUGUUAAGGAAUUCGUGGUGAAUACGGAUGUUUACUUACCGGUUUUAAUUUACACAAUUUUACACCUUGAAGGGUCAUAUUCGCAACAUUUAGUAUCACAGCUCAACUUUAUCAAGCUGUUUACCAAUGAACUUAUAUAUGAGCUUAAUGAUGAAACAUACCGAAGUGAAAAAGGGAAAUUCCUCUAUGUACUCACAAACUUCGAAGCCUGCAUGUCAUACUUGUCAAGUGUGACCAUUGAUGAUUUAUCUAUCGAUUUGUCAGAGGAACGCAUUGAAGCAAUUUCGUUGUUCACUGGCGCAUCAAAAGAGGAUACCGUCAACUUAUUGACAAAACCAUUAGAAACAGAGCCAAUCGAACAAAACAUAAAAGAAUAUAAAGAGGAGAACCCCCUUCCAAAAACAAUUUUCAAUACAUAUUUUACCGCAAUUCCACAGAUAACAUUACCUGUGUCUAUUUAUCAAGCUGACCAGGGAAUGAAAAGUAUUAGCAGAUCUGUGGAUUCAAGCAUUAGAAAUAUUAUGGGAAAGGUGCCUUGGUUUCCAUUGGGACAGGGAUCUAGUACUAAUUUAGUAGAGAAAAAUAAUGAUGCCGAAGCGGCAGCUCUUUUACAACAACAGCUAGAAGAAAAUAUUGCCUUUCAGCAAUUGCAAACGGGGAAAAAAGUAGACGACAACGAUAAAAUCACACCAACUUCAUCAGCUUCUACGGAUAAAUCAUCCUCAAAACCGGCCGUGAAUGCAAACAAUUUGAAACUAAAGACAUCAUCCACAACAAGCUCUACCGACAGCAACAAUAUUAAACAUUUAACCAAGGUGCCAGAAAAACAUUUAAUUAGAGAUUCACCGUUGAGAAGUUCGUUGAAUUCUCAAUCUUCGGAUCGGUUCCUCAAUAAGUUUACAAAUAGUUUUGGAAAUGCCAUGAAGAAUCUUAUUCCGGCAAGCAACUCUUCCUCAAGCUUGUCAUUAAAUGGUAAACAGAGUGAUGCGAGUAUCUCUGGGCAAUAUAACGUAAACACACCAGUUAGGAAUGCUAACCCUGCCUCAAAAGUACGCAGUCGAGCCGCAAGUAUGAUUAAUGGAUCUCUUUUUGGCGUAAAUUCAAGCCCUCAAAGAAGAUCAAGGUCGAAUUCAUGUCAGAAGAAUCAGGAUAUUAGUACAUCAAGUUCUGCCGAGCGGAAAUCCGGCUUGCUAAACUCAUUAGAAAAUGCAAUAGACACAGUGAAGAAUCGCAGUAGGGGAAAUUCACUUUACACACCAUCAACCCUUCAUAAAACAGGUAGCAGCAUAUCAAUUUCUUCCCCAUUUGGCAAUUUAAAAUCGGCGGAAAAAACACAUUGCCGCUAUAAGAAGUUCAACAAACCAUUUGAGGAAAUGACCAUGUCAGAGUUGAAGGAGAUGUACCAGAACUAUCAAACAAUAACAAACAACAUUUGA